AUGUCUGAACAGUGUGGAGCUAAAAUUUUCGCAACAAGCUGGAAGGGACCUUUCAAAAUACAAGAUGAAAAGGAACACCUGAACAAGAUUCUUUUAGAACUUGAUGAAAAGAUAAAUGUGAAAAGUGCCGAACUUGCUGAACAUAUCAAUGAAUAUUGCGACAAUGCUUCACUAGAUGAACCUGAGUUAGAUUUGAAUAAUGAUACAGACGUCUAA